GCUUCCGGUCCUGCCUACUCCUUCCGGUCGCCAUGCGCCUUGGGGUAGAGGAGACGCUGGGAGCUCUCAACGCGGCCCUGGGGCCGGGCGGCCCAGUGUGGUUCAAGGAGACACGCGCCCGCCACCUGCGUGUCCGAGACUUCUUGGCACCGCGGCGCGCGCUGCAGGCGCGCUUCGGGGACGACCAGGUGCCCGAGCGCGUGGUUCACGCCAUCGUAGGCCUGCAGGGUCCUGGCGUUGCCCCGGUACUGAGCUGCGCGCCAACCCCCGCGGGGCUGGCUCUCCAGCUGCGGCGGUCCGCCGUCUUCGAGCGCGUCCUCGGCGCCGUGGCCGCCUAUGCCGCGCCCACCGUCCCCGCCGCCCCGGGCCCGCGCGUCGUCCUGCACUGCCCGGCGCUGCGCGGCAGCCCCUGCGCCCUCCGCCUGAGCCAGCUGCGUGCCGUGCUCGUGGCCGACCACCUGGCGCGAGCUUUGCACGCUCACAGGGUGAGUGUGCGCCUAGUGCCCGCCGUGCGGGACCCGCACAUGCCGACCUUCCUGCAGCAGCUGCGGGUGGACUGGCCCGCGGCCUCAGAGAGAGCCGCGACCGAAGCCCUGAGGAGCCGCGCGCUUGCAGAGCUCACCCCUGCUCGUAACGCGGAAGCCCUGCCCUCUGGCGCCCUGGGCCGAGUGUGCCUGAAGGAGCUGGUGGACGAACGGGGACGCACAACUGGCUAUGACCCCAACCUGGACAGCUGUCUGGUGACGGAGGAUCUGCUCGCUGUGUUGGCGGAGCUGCAGCAGGCUGUGCAGGAUUGGGCUGAGGACAGCUCCCUAGGCCUGGCCGCGGCCCCAGAUGCUGGCACAGAUAGCUGCAUGGUUGUACAUGUGGUGAGCUGUGAGGAGGAGUUCCAGCAACAGAAGUUGGACCUGCUUUGGUGGAAGUUGGAUGACCAGGCUCCUCUCAGACAGAAGCACCUGGUCUGUGGCCCAGUGAAAGUAGCUGGUGCACCUGGCACCCUGACUGCCCCCGAGUACUACGAGCUCCGGCAUGCCCAGGUGCGCAAGGCCUCAGCACUGAAGCACGGUAGGGACCUGGCACAAGACCCAGCCUGGAUGGAAAUCUUCAGGGUUCUCUCUGUGGCAACCAUUAAGUUUGAGAUGCUCAGCACAGCCCCACAAAGUCAGCUUCUCUUGGCCCUGGCCGACAGCAGCAUUUCCACAAAGGGCACCAAAAGUGGCACCUUUGUCAUGUAUAAUUGUGCACGUCUUGCCACACUCUUUGAGAGUUACAAGUGCAGCAUGGAACAAGGUCUGUACCCCACUUUCCCACCUGUGAGCAGUCUGGAUUUCUCCCUGCUACAUGAUGAGCACCCUUCUCCCCCACAGGGUGAGUGGUUGCUGCUCUUCAACAGCGUCCUCCCCUUCCCAGACCUGCUGGGCCACACAGCAGCCCUGCCCCGCACAGCCCCAGGGCUCCACAUCACUGCACGCACAGAGCUGGUGUGCAAGUUCCUGGUACAGCUCAGCAUGGAUUUCAGCUCAUACUAUAACCGGGUACACAUCCUAGGGGAGCCUCGACCACACUUGUUUGGUCAAAUGUUUGCCCGUCUGCAGCUUCUGCGGGCUGUGCGUGAAGUGCUCCACACCGGGCUGGCCAUGCUGGGUCUCCCUCCACUGAGUCACAUCUAAGGCCACAGAGGCCCCAAUAUCUGGGAAUGUCCGCAAAGUCAUCAACUGAAAGGGAAAAAACCCACAGAUUUUGUUAGAGACCCAGAACCAAAAUAAAUUGCUUCUGUGACAAA